AUGGUUUACGCCAUGCGCAACGACGGCCCGGCGGUGAAGCGCGAGUUUGUCAGCACUGAAGCAACCGUCGGUGACGAGGACUCGGAUUACAAUGGCAACAUCGACGUCAAGUCCGAAGCCUCGGACUCUGCCCUCCCGCCAAUCACCCCAACAAGUUGGAACUGCGGACACCUCCACGAGCACUUUGACAACGUGCCAACCGACUCGGCGUUUUUCCCCGGCAAGAAAUACGUCGAGUUGUCCACCCUUGGCCUCACGAAGAAAAAUCUCAAGGUUGGCGACCAUUUGCUCCUCCUGAUGAAGGACACGGCAUUGAAGAUGGCCUGGCGGGAGGCAAGAGUACGAUCAAGGGCGUUCGUGGCGGUGCCAAACUCGAAUUCGCGCAAUGGGUCGACGAAUGGACAAGUGUGCUGGUACCAAUUCUCGCAACGACACGGCACGAAUCACAAGCUUAAAGCAAGAAUGAACUCGCUACCGGUCACCCCGAAGAGCCGCCGUCAGUCGGUCGCGCCACCAAACCAGCAAGCUCAGCAUGUGAUUCAUCUCUCGCCAGACGUGAAGGCCAUCACCCUCAAUAUGCAGAUGCCACAUCCCACGCUGCCCGACGUUCUCAACAAUGAUUUACCGUCGGCAGACAUCCUGCCCAUCCAGCACACCAAGACCAUUACGAUUCCGGCCAACGCUACCCGUGUCAAACUUGUGUUCGAGACGGCCGGCACUCAACAAAACCACGGUGCUCCGUCCAAGAAGGUAUCGCGUCGCGCUAAUUGUGAACACCGUGACGAAGACAUGAUUAAUGUGUGCCCCAUUUCGGCGUUUUUCCCCGGCAAGAGAUACGACGUCGAGUUGUCGACCCUUGGUCUCACGAAGAAGGAUCUCAAGGUUGGCGACUAUGUGCACAUCCUAAUGCAGAAGAUGUGGUGGAGGCAAAGGUACGAUCGAAGGACGCCCGUGGUGACGCCAUCCUCGAAUUCGCGAAAUGGAGCGCCCGUGGAGAAGUACGCUGGGUCAAAUCUGCGGGAACUCGCCGCCGUAUCCCCGAUUGCGACCAUCCAUGUAUCUAUAUUGAGUCCCACACACCCGCUCCCCAGCGCCCAUCUGGCUCCAAGCCUUUCAUUCCUUGACUCUUUCUUUACGCACGAAUUUUGC